AUGAUAGGGGAGGAGCGGCUGCCGAGCGAGGGAAGGGCGAGGGGCGGGGGCGAGCGGCGAGCGGGGCGGUGUCUGCAAACAGCGGGGAGGGGCGAAGGAGGUUCGGGAGUGCGAACGGACACGGUGAUUGAGAUGAAUGGCAGCGGCGGCGGGGCCGGGUUCGGCGGGCGGCGGAGGCGCGGUCGCAGCGCUCCACGGGCCGGGGGCAGCGGGCGGGGGCGGGCGAGCGCCGUCGGAGCAGGGCUGCACCCCGCGAGCCGCUCUCCAGGCGGUGGGAGCGACCGCGUGCCGGGAAUUCCCGGCGGGGCGGCGCCGGGCAGGCGGGGCGGCAGGCGGAGCGGGGUCCCGGCUUUCCCCGCCCUUUCUGCCGCCCUCUUUGGGAGGUCGGGCGAGCCGCCCGUCCCGUCCCGCCGCGCUCCGCUGCCCGCCCCUGGCUCCGGCCGCCGAGCGCGCCGCCCGCGUCCUCGUCCCCGUCCCCGGAAAGGCGGCGGGAAAUCGCGCCGAGAGCGCGGGGUGGCUCGGCCCCGUCCCGCCGCCUCCCCGCUCUCCCUCCGCUCUCCGCCGUCUCCGCUCUCCCACAACCGCCCCCCCGCCCCGCUCCGGUCCAGGGAAAUGGAGGAAAACACGAAAGCAUCGGGGCAGAGCAGCCGCUGGCAGCGCCUGAGCCGGCUCCCUGCCCGCGGGGCCGAGGCUGCCCACCGCCGGGAGCUGACAGUUGCUGUAUCUCUUGGAUGCUGUGCAGGACGGAAUCAGGCACCCAAACCUCAGGUUCACCUUCUCCCUGACCCUCUACGCUGGUCGUGUGGCACAGCAGAUCCUGGAGCCAGCUGUUUCUGUAUUCCUGACUUCUCUUCACGUCAGGCACUCGUGGCUUGGAGCACAGGAGCUGGAUAUGUCACUUCACCGUGUCAGGUUGGUGCAGGUUACGAAUUACAGGGUGACUUGGAAACUCAGAAACAAAGAGAAGAAACUGUUACAUCUCUUAGCAAAAAAAUUGGCUACAUCAGGGCAAUAAUUCAGGGGACUAACACUUCAUCUUCCAAGCUCUGCUCUGUCCUCCUCACCAUGAGCCGUGAAAGCCUCCUGAGCUGUUCUCAUACAGACCUACCUUGUUUGGUCAAAAAAAAUCAGUAUUUUAUUGGUGUGUGGAAACUCAGGGGGAAGGUUUUAUUCAACAUCUCUCAGAGGGACAUUCAAGCUCCAGUUUCUCUUUUCUUGAAUUCAUUUGGAUAG